GAAUGCUGGAAAAACCUCAUUAGUAAAUGUUGUCGCGACUGGUGGAUAUAGUGAAGACAUGAUCCCUACGGUUGGAUUCAACAUGAGGAAAGUGACAAAAGGAAAUGUUACCAUAAAGUUAUGGGAUCUUGGAGGCCAACCUAGGUUUCGUAGCAUGUGGGAACGAUACUGCCGUGCAGUAUCUGCAAUUGUUUAUGUAGUGGAUGCUGCUGAUCCCGAUAACCUGAGCAUCUCAAGAAGUGAGCUUCAUGAUUUGUUAAGCAAACCCUCGCUUAGUGGCAUACCUCUUCUGGUGCUAGGCAACAAAAUUGACAAGCCAGGAGCUCUAUCAAGACCGGCUUUAACUGAAGAAAUGGGCCUCAAGUCAAUUACCAAUAGAGAAGUUUGCUGCUUCAUGAUAUCUUGCAAGAAUUCAACCAACAUUGACUCGGUUAUUGAUUGGCUUGUAAAGCAUUCAAAAUCUAAGAACUGAAAAGAGGGUUCUCUUUGAUUUAUCUUGUGAUGAACCUGUGUUUUAUAAUUUGUGUUUCCGAAAGGGAUAAAAUUCAUGUUUGAGAAU